UCGCGCUGCGGCGGCAGUUGGUGGAGCUACUGCUGCCGCCCGGCCCGGCGCCGGGAGGUGGCUGCGGACACUUCCUGCCUGCCCUCACCGCCCCCGGAGGGUUUUUUUUGUUGCUGUUGUUUUGGUUUUUCUCCCGAAAGAACACCAAAUUGCAUGUACUUCUGGUGUUGCUAGUGCUCUUGCUUAAAUUCCAUCUUAUAUCUACCUCGUUUUUCUUCAACUUUGUAUCCUUCCUGCUCUGUAAGCUUUGGCAUUGUUCGCCUUUGAGGUUGACUUCCUUUUCCUUUCUGCUCUUCCUUUUAUGUUUUACUUCUAAAGUGCCACCUUUUGAUCUAGCAGUGCUCUACAGUGUUCAUCUUGAAAUCAGAGAUGCCACUCAGUGUUAGGCAGCCCAGGACCUGAACAGGAGUAGAGGUGUUAAUUAGUAACAAAAGUGUAUGCUGUUCUUUCUUUCCGCUUUAUCUGUGGUGGUGGACAUCAUGGGAGCAAGAAAAAGCAAUUAGCGGCAACAAGAUAAGCAGUUCACACCUAACAGUGUACUCGCAGGAAGCACCAAGUGUCUCAAUCCAAAGGAGGAUACGAGAGUGGAGUAGACGCAUAAGAGGUGAAAAUGGCUGAAGCUGGGAAUGACAACUAUUUCUAUUUUUAUUCUCCCUACGCACAGCAGAAGUACAGCAGCAUCUCAUGUUUCUGGGAAACACAGCCAUUAGGCUGUGUGAGGAUCAGUUGUGUCUUCCAUCACAGCAAACCUCGUAAUAUAAAUGGACUUUUUCUGCCUCCUAGUAACAAUGUCGCAUUGCAGGAGGAGGUCCAAGAAGGGAUUCUGAAUCCAGCCUGUGGUCAAGAAUUAUUCAGAAGUCAGGAGAAUAUUUUAAGACCAAUUCAUCCUCCACUGAUUAUAAACAUCAACCACCAAGAGGAUGAAGAGGAGGAUGAAGAGGAUGUUGAAGACAAAGAGAACAAUGAUUUUAAUUUGUUGGCUAAGACUGCUUCAGACCUUGAAGAGGAAAGAGCAAUAAAGGAAAUGUGCUAUAAAUCUGGAGAGUAUUAUAGGAUUCAGUACCCUCAGGAACACCAAUCAACAAAAAUCGUAUCUUCGUCUCUAGAAAAUGAGUUAUUGCCCUUGGAAGCUAUCAAGCAGGAUUUGCAGAAAGGUGAUGGUAAUACAAAUCCUACAAACUUUAAUAAUAUGAAAAGAAAGGGAGAGACUUCAGGAAGGAGAGUGUCAGUAGAGGGUAUUAACAGAACAGAUCAUAGAUCCUUUGAAAAUGGAGGAGGUGAUUGUUUUGUGGCACAGAGAAACAUAUUUGUUGAAGGGAAAAGAAAUGAGGCACUACCUUUAGAAAAAGCACCAAUUGCAUCAGAGUAUUCAAAUGUAAAAGCAACAAGCCGCUCUGAAUUGGUAAAGAAGCAUCAUUUUAAGGGAGUAAAGAAAAAGAAAUGGAUUUCUGAGGAGCCGAGAAACUUAUCUAAUCCAGUAACAGGCAAAGAAAAUCACACUUCAAACCCAAAAGUUAAACCAAGUUACCAACAAAGUGAUAAAAGAAAGGAUGAUGAAACUGCGUCUUCUAUUAUUUCUGCGAGACAAGCUGGAAGAAACACUUAUUUCAAUUCUUCAGAACCUCGAAGAUCAGCAUAUGUGUUCUACCGUAAUGUUACAGAUGUCCAAGAACCAAAGUUUAAUGGAUCUAUGGACAAAUAUACUUCAGGAUCUUGUAAUGCACCAACUUGGAGGAAAAGAAAUCCACAUGCAAAGACAUUCUCUAAGUUUAAAACAACCAUUCAGAGCCAAGAAGAAAUGGAAAUGAAUAUAAAAGGAGAAAGAUUUGUAAACAGGAGAAAGAUAUGAAGCCAAUACUUCAACUUACAAGAAAAAUUUAAAUUAAAAGAAGGAAAUUAACAAGUACUGCCCAACUGGACAUCAAAAGAUGAUAAAAUUGCAAAUCUCAAAAAUAAUCUGCAGGAAGUACACUUUAACAUUUUAUCAAAAGUGAUAAAAAUGCUAAUUAAAAAUGUAUGUUCUGUAUGUGCAUUAUAUAGGUCUUCAAUCUAUUCAUGAAGUUUAAUCUGUUGCUAAAAUUUAACGGUUGAAAUGAUUUAUUACAGGCUAUGGCUGUACACUUCAAGACUGAUAGCAAAAGAUGUCUGUAGAGGGGGAAAAUCCUUAAACAGAGUAUUCCCCCAUUUUGUUUGACAGAUACUUUAAUGAAAAAUUACUAAUACGAAUUAAUAUUAUUAGUUGCACUUGGCAGAUUCAGAAGACUUUGAAUUUAAACAGUAAUAUUAAUGCAUUCUAUAAAAUGGCUGUUUUGGUGUGAAAGACAGAUUUGUAGACGAUGUAAUUGUUUUCCAGAUGUUUGAGGUCUCAGUCUGAGUUUGAUCUUGAUAUUUUGACAUUUUAGUAGGGCAACAGAACUGUUAUAAACUAAAUGAACUUCACAACAAAACAAGAAUUAACAGAAAUAUGUUUUUCCACACAUUUUAAACAAAAGUAUAAGACUGGAUAAAGACAGAGAGGAAGACUGACAAGAAGACUACAACAUCACUUCCUGAAAAAAUAAACUAUAUAAAUGCUUUUAAAGUGAACAGUGACAACGUACGAAUAUUUCUCUAGAGAGCACAGAUUUGUUUUUAAAUCUUUUCUGCAUUUCCAUAAUCUUUAUUUUUUAUUUCUUCUGUGAGACAGAUCGAUUUGGUUUCUUUCCUGUAAUUGGAGAGAAUGGGUUUUGAUCACCUUUAUUCUAGGAUUGGAUCAAUAUAUCAAACAGUAAACAGCACUGUGUAAAAAUAGAAUAACUGACACACCAGAAGGCAGGUGUAAGCAGGAAAUGGAGCCAGAAGGAGGAACUUCAGAAGAUGAAAAGGUAAAAAAUGCACUCAAAAGUUCGAAAUAGCUUUCUGGAAAACUGAAAAUUAUGUAAUUGUGGACCAUGUAACUGAAAGAAACAUGUUUCAAAGAUUCCCUCCGGAGAGUUAAGAAAAAGAGGGGCAAGGCAAAGGAUUCUGUCUUCCAUGAAAUACUGGUCAGUAGCCAAUGUGUGCAACUAUUGUACCUAAUGCUAAAUUACUACAUAUAUGUGAAUUUAUAUCUUUGUCUCAAACUUUUUUCCAUUUUUUUUGCAUUUACUUAACCUUUGGUCAUUCUUAAAACAUACUCAGUUUUGGAGGAGAGCCCUUCGAACAUUUUUUUGGAGCACUGUGAUCCAGUAAUUACCUCAGUGGCACCCAUGGCUAUGAAUAUAAAAGCACUUUGCUUCUUUGUGACUGUUUAGAACAUAAAAUUGUAUCAGAUGCUUUCCAGGGUGCCUUCUAGCUGAAACUGUUCUAUCAUUCUAUGAGAAAUAUCAUCAUACAUUUCUCAGUCCUACUUUACUGAGAAUAUCUUGCAAAAAAAUAGGCUGGUAA